AUGAGACGUGCUAAAGUAUUUUCUGGUUCUUCUCACCCAGAACUUGCCAACAGUAUAUGUGAGAGGUUGGGUAUACCUUCUUCUCCAGUUGUUUUAAAGAAAUUUAGUAAUAAAGAAACUUCCGUUGAGAUUGGUUGUUCAGUUCGUAACGAAAAUGUAUUCAUUAUUCAGUCCGGUUCAACUCAAAUCAAUGAUCACCUUAUGGAAUUAUUGAUCAUGAUAUCCGCUUGUAAAGGCGCUUCAGCAAGUAGAGUCACCGCUGUUAUGCCAUAUUUCCCUUAUUCAAAACAAAGCAAAAAAAAGAAGUACCGUUGUGCCAUAACUGCAAAAGUGGCAAAUUUACUUUCGGUUGCUGGCGUGGAUCAUAUCAUCACCAUGGAUCUUCACGCGUCACAAAUGCAGGGUUUCUUUAACAGACCAGUUGACAAUCUUUAUGCUGAACCUUGUAUUGCUAAAUGGAUUCAAGAUACAGUUCCUGAAUAUGCUAAUGGUGUUGUUGUUAGUAAAAAUGCCGGUGGCGCAAAAAGAGUAACAUCACUUGCCGAUCGUCUUAAAAUAGAUUUCGCACUUAUCCAUACUGAUCGUACACGUGAAUCUCGCCGAAAGACUCUUUGCGAUUCUACAUCAUGUGUUACAAAAAUCGAAGUAAAUAAUAUUAAUGAGUUAGUGGAUGAUAUGGAUGAUGCUGACGACAUUAGCACAGAUCAUUCGACUGAUGAAUCUAAUACCUCUUCAAUAACCAUCGAAGCUGAGACCAGUAUUACUCUUGUAGGUGAUGUUGAAGGGAAAGUUUGCUUUAUAGUGGAUGAUAUGAUCGAUAGUUCUGGAUCGUUCAUAGCUGCUGCCAAUCAUUUGAUGAAUAAAUGUAAUGCUAAACGUGUUUACGUAAUCGCAACUCAUGGAAUUUUAAGCGGUGAUAGUUUUAAUGAAGUUGAAAGAUGUAUGAGUAUAUAUAAGAUUGUAAUCACAAAUACUUUUCCAAUUCCGCCUGAAAAGCGUCACCAAACUUCCAAACUUGUAAUCAUUGAUAUGUCCCCGACAUUAGCGGAAGCCAUUAGAAGGACUCACAAUGGUGAAAGCAUUAGUUACCUAUUUGAUACAGCAAUAUGA